AUGUUCUCGACCGCUCUGCGCAAGAGGCACGAGUGGAAUACAGUUCCCGCAACACUUCUGUCCGAGAAGGGACCACAAUGGUCAGGUAAGUCGGAUCCCCAAUCAUCAUGUACCGUACAAGCAUCUAACACCAUCUGAUAGAAAAUGAUCUCGAGACAUGCGACAUCAAGCUACCUCUUCCAAGGAGCCGACAAGAGGACGCGCCACAGUUCUACCGUUUCCUCCUCCUUUCCGCGGUAGAUGUCCAGCCUCCAGCCCAAGCAAUGGCGCGUAUAGAAAGACUCUUCCACCAAACAGGUGGUCACCACGUGGGCAUCAUCUUUCUCCUCCAAGAAAAGACGCGUGGGAAUGGAAUGACAGCUUACCUGAAUCUUCAAGCCAGGUCAGUGACUCCGAGCGGAGGUUCGUGAAUAGCUUGGUACUUACUAGUCACAGUCUCGUGGGAGCAUUUGAUAUCAACAUUAUUCCUCUCCAUUCAGUCUCCUCCAUGUCAGUCACAAUCGGUAAAUUCUGGCAACAACUCGCCGCUUCGCCUAGGAGCCAAUCGACUGCUACUGCUAACCCCGCUGUGGUUCUUCUCCCGUAUUGUUCUUUGAAUCCUCCCAUCCAGGAACAUCUACGGAAUAUUAUCACCGAGAAUGUCCAUAGGACUGGAGACUUGUCAGAGCUUGCUACUACUAAGGAGGGACGAGAGGCUCUUCGAGAGUUGCUGCCGGAAACGGGCACUGAUGCUGGUGAUAUAAUUGGGUUUUGGGAGCAGGAGUUUAUGCUUUGA